AUGAAGGAAGAUAAGCCUGAUCGUGAUGUGUUGAAAGACAUUAAGAGAGAACUGGAGAUGCGCCUCAACACACUGGACGAGAUCCAGGGUGAUCUGGAGAUGAUGAUUGAAUCUGAGUCAGAAAUGUUGGAUGAUAUAGAGAAAGCUGGAUGCUUCCGUGACUCUGUGGUUGGUGUUAUCUCGAGUGUGAACAAGGUGGUGGCUCGGGGGGAGACUGGGUCUGAGACUGGUGUCUCUGGCAGUCAGAAUGUGAAGCUGCCAAAGCUGAACUUACCAAGUGCUAGUGAGAUGUGGUCUCGGGAUGGGUUUGAUCCUGGUACUGAGAUGGAGUCUGAUGAUGAUGAUGCCGUGUUGAAGGCGUUCAACAAGUCCAUCCAGUAUGAUGGCAGCAGGUACGUUGUUAGUGUGCCCUGGAGGGACAACAAAAGUCAGUUGAUGGAGAAUCGUGAUUCCGCACAAAAGCGGCUGAUGAGUCUAGAGCGCAAACUGGACAGGAACCCCCAGCUGCGAGCUGACUAUGAUUCAGCUCUCAGUCAGAUGGUUCGUCUGACGUCACAUGACCGAGAUGCCCAUCGCUUCCUAUGGAGACAAGGGGGCCAGAUUCGGACCAUGCGGUUCGAGCGGGUGACGAUGGGUGUCGCCUGCAGCCCGUUCUUAAUGAACGCCACCAUCAAGUACCACCUGUCGCUGUACCCAGAGAGUCCGGUCGUCACCGAACUGAAAGAGUCGCUGUAUGUUGAUGACCUGCUGUCAGGCUCGGAUACAGAACAGGGUGCUGUGGAGAUGUUCCAGGAGGCUCGUGAGAUUAUGAGAGCGGCUGGGAUGGAGUUGUCCAAGUGCAACAGCAACUCAUCUGUGCUGGCCGAAAAGUGUCAAAAGGGACAUGUGACGACAGAAGGUGUGAUGAAAGUUCUUGGGGUGACCUGGUGUAAGGAGGAGGAUGUUUUCUCUUUCACAGGAGACGAGCUGCCUGCUGGCAUAGUGCCAACGAAGCGUGUGGUCCUCAGCAUGAUGGCGCGGAUCUUCGAUCCAGUGGGAUUUUUGACGCCAUUUAGUGUGGUCGCUAAAUGCCUGUUUCAGGAGCUGUGGGAGCUCCAGCUGGAGUGGGACGAUGAGCUGCCGCCUGAAUAUGCAGAGGUGUUCACCAGGUGGUUGGACGGUUGUCAGAUUUUGAAGAAUCUGAAGGUUCCACGAUGUUUCACAGUGCACUCUGUUUCAGACUGGUCAGCUGCACCGUCUCUCGAGCUGUGUGUAUUUGCUGAUGCAUCCCCAAAGGCGUAUGGUGCAUGUGUGUACAUCCGUAUCAAACAGCCUGAUGACUCGUACAGCGUCUCCUUCGUCAUGUCGAAGGGGAGGGUGGCCCCCCUGCGUCAGCGGCUCACGAUGCCGCGCUUGGAGCUCUCGGCCUGUGUGCUGGCGGCUCAACUGGUGCAGUUUGUUCGUACGGCACUGCACUUGCCUGAUGACACACCGUACAGGUGCUGGAGUGACUCCAUGAUUGCUCUGGGAUGGCUACGUGGUAACCCGAGCAGGUGGAAGCAGUUUGUGUCCAACCGGGUCAGCGAGAUCCAACGGCUUACUGACACAAAGAACUGGUUGCACUGCAGGUCAGCCGAAAAUCCGGCGGAUCUCAUGACACGCGGCCUGUUAGCAGAGGAUCUGGUGGCAUCCCCUGUGUGGAUCAGCGGACCCGACUGGUUGAGGGAGGCUGAUGGUGAUCCGAGUGUGAUGCGAGAGCCGGAGGUUGGUCUGGAUAUGACCGAGAGCACUUCUGUCCCGCAGAGACCAGACGCAGAGCCGGGUUCGACUCCGGACCAGGGACAGGACCUUGACACUGAUGGUCAGAAAGAGGCUGAUUCUCUGGAUUCCCUACCAGAGUCAAUUGUUUGUGACAAUGUUGGCGUUUUCACGGCGGCGAGUGUAGCAGCGGGUAACACAUCCGAUUUUCUGCAGGUGGAACGCUACAGUACGCUCAGCCGAGCAACCCGUGUCAUGGGCUGGAUCUUGAGAUUUGUUCACAACGUGAGACAAAGUUCGCAGCGCCGUCAGGGAGAUCUCUCAGCCGAGGAGUUCUCGACGGCUCGCGUGGAGCUGUUACGCUUGGUGCAGGCGGACAGUUACCCUGAAGAACUGAAACUGCUCAGGCAGGGCAGUCCGGUGCACCGAAGUUCCCAGAUUUACAGACUGACGCCGUUUCUCGGCGAUGACGGGCUGCUACGUGUGCGCGGCCGUUUGCAGUUGUCAGAGUUUUCCUACGAGGAAAAGCACCCGGUGAUUUUGCCAAAAGGUCACCUGGCCGUCCUGAUUGUUCGUGAGCAGCACCUGUGUAUGAAGCAUGCUGGUGUGUCAACUCUGAUAACUGCAGUGAGAUCAGAGUUCUGGAUCGUGGGUCUGCGCACCAUCGCACGGCGGGUCGUGAGGGGAUGUGACGCGUGCCGCAGGCAGGAUUCUCAGCCGUGCUGCUGCUGA